UCUUGCCCAGAGGGCGGCGGCAGCGGCCGCAGCGGGCGGUCCAGACUCUGUGCUCGCGGAGCCGGCGGCGCCCCAGUCCCGGACCCCCGCGAGCCAUGCCGCCGCCCGCGCCGCCCACGGAGCUGGUGCCGUCGGAGCGCGCGGUGGUGCUGCUGUCGUGCGCGCUGUCGGCGCUCGGCUCGGGCCUGCUGGUGGCCACGCACGCCCUGUGGCCCGACCUGCGCAGCCGGGCGCGGCGCCUGCUGCUCUUCCUGUCGCUGGCCGACCUGCUCUCGGCCGCCUCCUACUUCUACGGGGUGCUGCGGGACUUCGCGGGCCCCUCGUGGGACUGCGUGCUGCAGGGCGCGCUCUCCACCUUCGCCAACACCAGCUCCUUCUUCUGGACCGUGGCCAUCGCCCUCUACCUGUACCUGAGCAUCGUCCGCACCGCGCGCGGGCCCCGGAACGGCAGCCUGUUCUGGACCUUCCACGUCGUCAGCUGGGGGGUGCCGCUGGUGAUCACCGUGGCGGCCGUGGCGCUGAAGAAGAUCGGCUACGAUGCCUCCAACGUGUCCGUGGGCUGGUGCUGGAUCGACCUGGAGGCCGAGGACCGCGUCCUGUGGAUGCUGCUGACGGGGAAGCUGUGGGAGCUGCUGGCCUAUGUCAUGCUGCCCUUGCUCUACGUGCUCAUCCGGAAGCACAUCAGCAGGGCGCACGCGGCGCUCUCCGAGUACCGGCCCCUGCUCUCCGAGGCGCCCGGGCUGCAGCAGCGCGCCUCCGUGGCCGACAGGAAGCUGGUUCUCAUCCCUCUCAUCUUCAUUUGCCUCCGGGUCUGGAGCACCGUGCGCUUCGUCCUGACCCUCUGCGGCUCCCCGGCCGUGCGGGCGCCCGUGCUGGUCAUUCUGCACGGCAUUGGGAACACGUUUCAGGGGGGCGCCAACUGCAUCAUGUUCGUCCUCUGCACCCAGGCUGUCCGGGCCCGGCUCCUCUCCCUCUGCUGCUGCCAGGCCCCUCCACCUGCCGAGGGUCCAGCUGGCCCUCCCAAGGCACCUGUGCCCUCCAAGAUGGGAGAAUCUCAGGAAUCCCGACGGACCCCAGUUGAACUUCCCAGCACCUGAGCGGCCCCCUUCCUCGUUCUGUACCUGGGUGCUGCCCUCUGGGGUCAGACUGUUCUGUGGGUCCCGUUACAGGGAGGGGGCGUGGGUGCCUGCUGCUCGGUCAGCCCUCUGCUGUUUCAGCUCUUGGCCCCCCAAUACGGGGGCAGCUGUGAACUCAGCUUCUUCUACCUCGUAGACCUCAUGUGGCACGUUGCACCCACACAUGGAUCCUGGUGCACUUGGGGGUUUCCCUCUACAUGAGGGUCGGUGACGAGAUUCAGGGAAUCCAGUGGUGCUCAGUCACUGCCUGGUGGCCUCACAGCCCAGCAGUCGUCCGUCUCAGUGAUCACAUAGCACUGCUUACGAAUUGAGGGACCCACACCUGUGGACAGAGUGUGAAAAGAUACAUCCUCUGUACAGCCGUCCUGCAAGUGACUGAAUUCAUUGUCGAGGGGACCAGAGAUGUGUCCCCAACCGAGACGUCAUGAAGCAGGUCCCUGGAGGGCAGGGCACUGAGAGUCCCUGGGGAGGCCGGCUUUCUCGGAGAGCUUUGCUGGUCGGUCGGGGAGCCAGGUACCUAUCAUUAGGUUCCCCAAGGUUUCUCGGUGAUUAGCAUAAGCGCAGCCAAGCACAACUGCUUAGGAAAAGCAGGUUCCCAAGCCUCCCAAAUUCCCGCUGCAUUUUUGCCAACCCUUGAUGUCGAUGGUGUUUGAGUUUCAAGGACAGGCCAGAAUCCAGAUGCCUGCCUCUGCCAGCUGGUUAUUUAAAAUACUGGUUCCAGCUCCAACGCCAGGGCUAGACCCCGGGCAAGGGGUCAGGGAGAGACCCCUGAGGAUGCCCCGCUGUCUCUGCAGUUCUUUUCUUAGGAUACUCUUGUUCUUGCCCAGACCAAAAUGGGGUAAGUUUUGGCUUUUCACUUCCUAGUUCAGUUUUUUGUAGAACCAACAACCAGAGAGGUAGCAAAUGAUCCACAAACGGGUGCUUCCUGGACAGUGAAGAUUUUAAGACUCAGCUGUUUUCAGAGUUGGUUGGGGGUGGGGGGUAGGGUUGGUAGCACAGGCCGCUGGGUGAUUAUUUACAUUUAAAAAAGAUUUAGAAGAAGCUUCUACAUCUCUCUCUCUCUUCACUGUGUCUUCCUGCAACACGUUCCGCUUAUUUCAGAAAGCUGUUUCCUUGCCAACUGGCCCCAAGAACUAAAUCCCAGAAGCUGUUGGUUCCCAACGGGGCUGCUCCCAAAGCGUCCGCAGGGCAGUGGUGUUCUGGGAGGAUUUAGGGAGGGAAAUUUAACUUCACCUAAUGGGUCUCUGUCCCUCAGAUUCCAUCCGGGCUCGGCAGAAUUGAAAUUAUUUUCUGAGCCCAGUCGAAUGUUCCUUAAACCACUAACACCCAAGCCAUACCGUGCUAUCGAUUCCUGUUUUACUCGCAAAGCAAAAUCCGAAUCAGGAAGAGAAUCUGAAAGCAAUCGGCAUCUAGAGGACCAAGUCCAAAAUGCUCAUUUUUGGUUUCCCUUAAAAACAGAUUUCUUUUUGAAAAUCAGCAGGAACAUCCCCUUAAAAGUCAAAAAAAAAAAAAAACCGAGGCUGCGUUACAGAAAGCUGCUGAUGG